CAGAGCGAGAGAAAGAGAAGGCAGUGAAAAAAGGAAAAACGAAGAGUAAAAUUGCUGCAGUCAUGGACUUGCGUUCAGAACUGCUCAAGUCCAUUUGGUACGCUUUCACCGCUCUAGAUGUGGAGAAGAGUGGAAAGGUGUCCAAGUCUCAACUCAAGGUCUUGUCUCAUAAUCUUUACACGGUUCUGUGUAUCCCACACGACCCAGCGGCUCUUGAGGAACACUUCAGAGAUGACGACGACGGUCCAGUCUCCAGCCAGGGAUACAUGCCCUACCUCAACAAAUACAUCCUGGACAAGGUGGUGGAAGGCACGUUUGUCAAAGAAAAUGUGGACGAGCUCUGCUGGACUCUUACUGCCAAGAAGAACUAUCGACCAGAGGGAAAGUGUGUUUUACCUGGAAAAGACGCCUUCCGGCUCUGGUGCCUGUUCAUAUUUCUCUCGGAGGACAGAUAUCCUCUGGUCAUGAUCCCUGAUGAGGUUGAAUAUUUACUGAAGAAGUUUUGCAUGGCUAUGAGCGUCGAGUUGAACUGUGUUGAACUGGAAGACUUCAUUUCCCAAGAUACUGUUCAGCAGAAUGGCUUCACUGUAUGGGCCUUUCUGGAGAUGAUGAAUUCUGGGAAACUAACGCGAGGCAUUGCCAAAGAAACCGUCAGUAUGGCAAUAGAGGAGGUGUACCGGGAAAUAGUGGGUGAUGUGUUGAAAGAGGGAUAUCUGUGGAAGAAAGGCCAGUUGAGAAGAAACUGGAUUGAGCGUUGGUUCACUUUGAGACCCAGUACUUUAAUUUAUUUCACUAGCGAGGACCGCAAAGACCGCAAGGGCAACAUUCAGCUUGAUGGAAACUGCUGUGUAGAGGUUCUUCCUGACAGAGAUGGGAAGAGGUGCAUGUUCUGUCUGAAGACGCUCACCAAGACCUAUGAACUCAGUGCAUCUGACACCAAACAGAGGCAGGAGUGGACUACAGCUAUCCAAACAGCCAUCCGGCUGCAUGUAGAGGGUAAAGCUUCUCUUCAUAAAGACCUAAAGCUGAAACGGCGUGAGCAGCGGGAACAGAGAGAGAAGAGGCGGGAAGCGAAGGAGCAGGAGCUGCAGCGUUUACGAGCCCUGCAGGAAGAGCGCGAGCGGAAGAUGGCCGAGCUGGAGCUGCUGAAGGAGGCACAGAGACAAGCGCAGGCGCUGCUGGAGCAGGACGAACUGCGCAGACGACAGCAACAUGAACAACUCCAGCAGACCCUGGAGAUCCAGCUCAAAGAGGCUGAAGAGGCGCGGGCGAGCAUGCAGGCUGAGAUGGCACUAAAGGAAGCUGAGGCAGAGAGACAGAGAACACGAAUCAAAGAACUGGAGGCCAUGCAGCAGCGACUAGAGGAGGCGUUACAACAGGAAAUCAAAGCCAGGCAGGACGAAGAGGCCUUCCGUUAUGCACAGGCUCGGCUACUGGCUGAGGAAGAGGAGAAGAUGAAGGCCCUUAUGUCUCUCCGUGAGGAGCAGGAGGAAUAUAUCCAGCGUGCCCAGCGGGAGAAACAAGAGCUCAGACAGGAAAUGGAAAGUAAAUCUCGAUCUCUGGAGGAAGCACAGAGGCAGCUGGAGGAGGUCAGAGCCAAUCGCCACCGAGUGGACCAGGAUGUGGUGGCGGCUCAAAGGAAGCUUCGUCAGGCCAGCACCAAUGUUAAACACUGGAAUGUUCAGAUGAACAGAUUAAUGCAUCCAAUCGGACCAGGAGAAAAACGGUCCUCGGUAGGCGGAUCUUUUUCCAGCUUUCGCAUCCCUUCGCAGAAGGAUCCGGGACUGCGUUUGAGGCAGAAAUCAGAUGAGCCGGAUGAGGAAAGCAAAGAAAACAUGGAGAGCAGAGGAGGGUGCGAAUCUGACAGGCGUUUGUCUACAAAUGGAGAUAUGGAAAUACCUUAGACAACCUCAGAAAAAAAAAAAUCUUUCUUCCUCAAUGUUAAGACUGAUUUGAAUGAAGGAAAGUUAUUUUUGCUAGGUACCAAGACCACAUGCCGUUAUACUGUUUAAUAAUGUCCGUGAUUGUUAAUAGCUUGUUAUUAAUAUAGUAAUGUUUUGUACACUUCACACAGUUUGAAAAGUAUUGUACUGUAGUUGUUAAAUAUCUGAUUGACUCCUAAGUUACUCAAAGCCUUAUGUAGACUUAAUGUGCACUGAAUAAAUAAUUAAGCAUUUUUCAAGAUA